UAUCAGUUUGGUACUUUUCUUUUAGGCGUGCACUAUGUUUUCAUUGUUAAUGUUCAUUUUGUUUCAGGGUCGAUCAUGGACAUUUUGAUGAUGUUGUGUAUUGCAUGUCUGGCUACUUCCAAUCAAGCCGACCAGACCAGUGCAAGGAGAGACAGCAUUGUUCAGAAUGUGACAGUACAACUGGAUAUUGUCUGACAGACUGUGACACUGGGUACUUCGGUAUGAAUUGCAGGUCAGUGUGUAGCAAGACCUGCAGAAACCACUCAUGUCGGACAUCAAAUACCGGCAUCGGUGAUUGCACUGAAGGAUGUGUCCCUGGAUAUCAAGGCAUUGGCUGCAACAUACAAUGUGACAGUCCAGGAGGUAGCUGUACAGCAUGUCCAGGUGGUUGUGAUGGAGAAUAUUGUCAGCUGGGCUCAUCCUGUGUGUCUGGAUGUGUAGACUCCUACUACGGCAAUGACUGUAAGUCGUGCUGUAGUCGAUGUAAGUCCUGCAACAGGAUCACUGGAGUGUGUCGAGAGUGCCAGCUCAAUUAUUGACAGGACUGUGAAUAUUCUUGUAAAAACUGCGUCAGUGGGAGAUGUAAUGACACAGGUUGGUGUACAGACGGAUGUGAAGAAGGAUGGUACGGGAUGAACUGUUCCAGCCAGUGUAACUCUAAGUGUUUGAACACAAGAUGUACGAAUACAGGUGAUUGUACUGACGGUUGUAUUCCUGGAUAUUUUGGAAGAGGAUGCGAAUCCUGCCCAGUUGGAUGUUGGAAUAACACGUGUCUGACAAGCAGCGGAUCCUGUACACGGGGAUGCAGCCGAGGAUUGUAUGGACAAUAUUGUAACAUGUCUUGUGAUGUGUGCCUGGAUGGGGAGUGUCUGCAGAUGACAGGCACGUGCAUCAAAGGCUGUCACGUGACAGGACGUGGAUGUAAUUCUACCUGCAGGAACUGUUCCAUUGCUGAUUGCACUGCUCAAUCAUGUGAAGGUGAAAAUGAUGAAAGUGGCGGAAGAGGUAUACAAAAAGCACUGGGGACAGCAUUGGUGAUGUUUGGUUUCAUCAUCAUCAUGGUAAUCUGCUUCGGGUGUCUGAGGCGUAAGGACUCUAAAAGUGAAGUGAAAAUUGAGGCAAAGGUCACGUGUCCACAAGAGAUCGAAGUCAGACAGUCACAUGUACGCAGACAGGCACGUGACUCGGAUCACAUAUACAGUGACAUCGACGAGGAUGAAAUGGGUCCAGUUAUAGUGUAUCUUUAGUUGAUACCUCAUCCGGAAUCUGUCAAGGAUGUAUUCCUUGGGGGUGUCUCAAUACUAAAUAUAGUGAAGACUGACAUUCGUGUUCUUAAAACUUCCUUUCACUGAGUUCCAUCAAAGUCAAGCCUCUAUCUACCUUGCAUUAAACAUACGUUUCGUUGAAAUAAAAAUGUUUCUAUAAUUUCCUUGCAUUGUACGUACGUUUCGUUGAAUUAAAAAUGUUCUAUAAUUACCUUGCAUUGUACGUACGUUUCGUUGAAUUAAAAAUGUUUCUAUAAUUACCUUGCAUUGUACGUACGUUCCGUUGAAAUAAAGAU